CUUAAUAACGUCAAUCAACCUAUCGGAACAUGCAUCGUAAUCGCUGUCAGUGUUAUCGAAUCGGAGCACAGGCACAACAAGACAACAACGAAGAGUAAAUAACGUAAAGACAGAGGAGAAGUUGAAAAAGAACUUGGGGGGGAAAACAAUAAAUAAAUAAGCAGACAGGCAAACGCAGCAGAUUGUCUCCAAGCGGGGAGUUUCUUUGUGCCAGCCGCUAGACCUUCCGAUCUUGAGGGAGAGAAAGAGGGCCAAGAGUGGAGAGAGGCAGCCGAAGUGUGUGUGUGUGUGGAGUGUGGAGUGAGGAGUGUGUGUGGACGCAGUGCGCUGGAAGAGCAUGAGCAACUAGUGUCCAGUUACGGUGUCCCGUGUCCAGCCUAUGUUUAUCCCUCUAUGGUGUCGUCAGCAACAUGAACCUGGAAUCGCUCUUCCGCGACUUUAAUCCCUGCAAGUUCAUCGUACACUGCAGCCUUUUCACCUUUGUCACGCUCUUUGCCCUGCGCCUGGACAACUAUAUUGAUUGGCCCUUUUGGGCCAUUUUUACACCGCUUUGGAUAUGGAAGAGCACCGCCAUUCUGGGCGCCAUUGUGGGUGCCAUUGUCUGGUGCCGCUAUCCACACUAUCGCCUCGAAGGCGAUGCCUAUACACAGUUCAAGGCCAUGCUUAUAUCACUGGCCCUGCACCUGAUCCUAUUGAUGUUCGAGCUGCUGGCCUGCGAUAAGUUAACCUCGGAUCGUCAUCUCUGGGUGCUGGUCUUUAUACCUCUGAUCUUUGGUUCGGUGGUCAGUGUGGGUGCCUGCGUUUGGGCCGUCAAACAUGAUCGCUCCUUUGAGCUGGAGCUCUUUCUGGCUGUCAAUGCAUUGCAGUUUGUCUCGCUGCCCCUGAAGCUGGAUCGCUUUGUGUACUGGAACUGGGAUGUGGUGUUUGUGCCCAUGUGGAUUGUGAUCUGCCUGAGCCUAGUCAGCGUUCUGUACAACAUCAUCUUUUGCGGCAUUAUGAUGCGAACGCCGGAGGUCUCGUUGCAGCAGAAGAAGGCGGCCCUGAAUGCGGCUGUGGGUAACAUAUGCACGGUGCUGCCGCUGUUUUGCUUCCAGGUGGUCAUUUGUGACAAGCUGGAUGGUGAGCUGAAAUUCCCCUAUGUUGUGGUUUUCUCACCUCUGUUGGUCUCCAUCCUGGCGCUGAUUUUCCUCAGCUUUACGGCCAAGGGGGGCAAUAUGUGGUGGUUUGGCAUCCGUAAAUCCUUUAGCCAGUUCCUCCUGUCGGCUAUGCCCUUCCUGCAGGAGUAUGGCAACAUUAGCUAUCAUGCCGAGACGAUCAGCAAUGCUGGACAAUCGGUGCCACUGGAUGCCACAUCCUCGUCCACGAGCACGGGGACGGGCAGCGAGCAGCUGCAUGAGUUCGGGCGGCACGACAAGAAGGCCAAGAAGGCGGCCAAAAAUGAUAUCCUCAAGCCGGUGGUGCCCUUUGUCAGCAUCGAUUUGCCGGACUAGACUAUAAAAUGGACAAGAGAGAGCACGCACUGCACAUGGAGCUACAGCAAAUAACAAUAACCAUAGCAAGAACCACGUAGAAUUAAGGACAGACUCUCAGCACAAAACAUAUGCUCACCUUUGUUCAGGUGUUUAUAUUAAACAUACUCCUCCCCCACCCCCCCAGUCACACUCAGACACACACACACACAUACACACAUCGGCCGUAGCUUUUAGACUUGUACUGAAUUUUAAUUGUAAGCCAAAUGCUAACACCAUCCACAUCCCAAUCAUUCAUCUCCUUCCGCCAGGCACUCCUAGCAUAUAAUAGCUGUACAUAAGACAUAUGCAUAUAUAUAUAUAUAUGACACUGGCUAAAAUUCAAAAUCUAGACCCAAAUCGGCGCUUCAUCAUAUUGACAAGCAUACCAAAAUCCUUUAUCCCCUGGACACCCAUCUAUAAUUAAACGUAUAUGUAUGUCUGUA